UGCAUCUCAACUACUUAAAUUGCCAUGGAGGAUUUCUUACUCCUGUGGAUUAAUGUCUUUCCUGACAAGGUGGGGGUCAGUCUGCUUGGCCAGAGAAACUUGUGACUUGUUCUGGGGUCUCCUCUGUGGUGCUUGUAGGAGUUGACUCUGGGACUGCAGGAAAUGCUUCUGAUAGCUCUGGACACCUUUCUUCUCAAACAAUUGACUCUGCUCUCAACUGAUGAUAUCAAACACAGUCCACUGUGUAGGAGAGUGGACCAGUUCUGUCCUUAAUCUUUCCAAGUACCCAUUUUUGAACACCCAUGGAGUCCCUCACCAGGAUUGCUUGUCCAGGAGUGAAACAUCAACCCCUCUUGUUUGAAGAGGCCUCAAGUUGUCUUAGCUGUUUGUCCUGUGUACUCCUUCUGAGAUUGGGUUUGAGGGAUCCAAGCGUGAGCGCAAGGAAUGACCCAGGAACAGCAUAACUGGAAUGACUGAAACUGUUCCACAACAAACUGUGGUCCAUUGUCACUGAGUAAGUGUUCUGGAACACCAGUCCUUGGGAAGAGGCUUCUGAACAUGUCAACAGUGUGCGAGGCUGUAGUAAAGGUUAUCUGGAAUACUUCUGGACACUUUGUAGCUGCAUCCAGUUUUACCAAGAGAUUUGUGCCCAUCUGUAGCUUACAGUAGAUGACAGGUUGCUGCAGCUACUGUGCUCUACAAAAUGCACACCAGCCACAGCCCUGCAGACCUUCGCGCCAUGCUGCCUUCAUCUUAUGAGAGAUGGCACACCACACGAUCAAGUUUAUCUAUACCUGCUCAUGCUGUUUCUAUGCCUGAUGCGAGAACCUCCACGCUGGAUAGAAGCUUCCUUCACUGUGCUAUCAGAAUUUGGAACAGCCUUCCAGAUGCUGUGGUUGGAAACAUCUGCGACAAUGGGGUCCAGGUCUUCAACAGCCGAGUGCACAAACACCUAUCAUCUCUGGGAGGGAAGUCACAUGCUUCUUCAUAAACUAUCAUGAAGGGGACCAGGAUGGCAAUGCUUGGUUGUUGGGCCGCUCUGACCCAGAACGGUAGCAUCUGCAAGGGUUCCUGCUCAGGAUACGAGCGAAGGCCAACGGCAGAUCUGGCAGAUUCAGUAACUGAACUUAUGACGGAGAAGGUGGAUGAGCUAGGACCUCAAAUGUCAACGGCUAUAGUACAAGCGGAUGAACAUUUGGGAAGAGAAAUGGCAAUUUCUUUAGUUCGCCCAUUGGCAGGCAAUAGCAAACCACUGUUGCUAGAUACUAGGUUUCCUAGAAUCUAUUUGCUAAGAAAACCAUGGUCUAAACUCUCAAAAUGUAUCACACAACAACAGCGUCAAGAGAAUCUUCAAGACAAUUCUAAAGGUGCUUCACUCGGUAAGGUUGAUUCUGGUCAGCAGGGGAUUCCCAACCAUCAUCAAGCUACUGCUCAUAAAAUUCAAGUAACACAGAAGAAAAUUAUUGCCACUUGGAAUGUAAGAACCCCAUAUCAAGCAGGAAGGUUGGACAAUGUAAUAUAUGAAAUGAAAAAACUAAAGACUAACAUCAUGGGAAUUAGCGAAGUUCCUUGGAUAGGUGCUGGAACAUGUCAGAAUAUAAAUAAAACACUAAUUUAUUCUUGUGGAACAUCCCAUACUAAUGGAGUAGGAAUUCUUAUGGAUGAAAACAUGGCAAAGAGUGUUUUAGGACAAUGGGCAGUAUCAGAAAGAGUGCUCCUUGUUAGAUUCAGAGGACAACCAUUUGAUUUAGCAAUUAUACAGGUAUAUGCACCAACAACAGAUGGAACAAAUGAGGAUAUAGAGAAAUUCUAUGAAGAGCUUGAACAAGCAAAGAAUAGAUGCAAAUCUCAAGAUAUUGUUAUUGUCAUGGGAGAUCUAAAUGCUAAAGUAGGACAAGGUGCUGAUGGAAAUACCAUAGGAAAAUUUGGACUAGGGGAAAGAAGUGAGAAAUGGGUAGAAUGAUUCAAGAUGAAUAAUCAGAUCAUUAUGAAUACCUACUUUAAAAACCAUCCAAGAUGCUUGUGGAUCUGGAAAAGUCCAGGUGAUAAUACUAGAAAUCAAAUUGACUUUAUUACUAUAAACCAAAGGUUUAGAAACUCGGUGACUCAAUGCAAACCAUAUCCUGAUGCAGACCAUAACCCAGUAUAUGUAAAAGUAAAACUUAAAAAAAAAGAAGCAAAAAUCUGAACAAUCCCUUGACUACUUGCAAUUACUUAAAGAAGAAAACUUAAGAUAAAAAUUUACAAUUGAAAUAAGGAAUAGAUUUUAAAGUCUAGAAAUAGAAUCUGUUGAAGAUGAUAGCAAUCAUGUAGAAAUGAAAACAACAGGAAUUCUGCAGAUGCUGGAAA